AUGAUGGCACGAAAGAAGACCGAAUCCGAGAAAGAUCUCAGAGAAGCAUUUAAAGUGCUUGAUAAGGAUCAAAAGGGCUUCAUUACGGCUACAGACCUCGGCUAUGUAAUGACAAACCUUGGAGAGAAGAUUUCUGAUGAAGAGAUUGAUGGGAUGGCUAGUGUCGCUGAUUCGGACGGUGAUGGGGAAAUCAGUUAUGAGGAUUUCGUGAGGAUGAUUGCUGAAAGAACAGGGGAAGAAGAAGAAUUUGAAGCCAAAAAUGGCGCCAGAGAAGCGAGCUCCAAGAUAGUAUCAAUAAGUAAUAAGUUGGACGCCGAGGGGAAUGGAAAUGUUGAAUUCCCUGAGUUCCUGAAUUUGAUGGCAAUGAAAGAAGCCGCCGACUCGGAGGAGGGUCUUAAAGAAGCAUUCAAAGUGUUUGAUAAGGAUCAAAAUGGGUUCGUUUCAGAAGCCGAGCGCCGUGUGAUGACAAACCUUGGAGAGAAGAUGACAGAUGAAGAAGUUGAUGAGAUGUUAAGUGCAGCUGAUAUGAAUGGUGAAGGGGAAAUCAAUUAUGAGGAGUUUGCGAGGAUGAUGGUUAUGGAAACCUGCUUCCAUCCCAUUGGAAAGACGAAUCGGACCAAACGCCGUUGA